UCAUUAUUUUUUAAAAAGGUUUUCAACGCGUUUGGUGUGAAGAGCAUGCGAUACCAAGCUUUCCGGAAACAUGCCAAAACCUAUCUUGAACCUGCCAUUGUUUGGAAAUGGAAAAGGGCCCAGCAGGUUGAGCUUCAACGUUUAAGCCAGCAGAGCAAGGUCAUCAUUGGAGGAGAUAUGCGGGCAGAUUCUCCAGGCCAUUGUGCCAAAUUUGGAAGAUAUACCGUGAUGAAUCUUGAAACCAGCACAGUCAUCGAUAUCCAACUUGUGCAGAGCAAUGAGGUCGGAGGGAGUUACUACAUGGAGAAGGAAGGUCUGAAGCGAAGCCUUGCUCUUCUGGAGGCAAGUGGUGUCACAUUGGACUGCAUAGUCACAGACCGCCACCUCCAGAUUAAAAAAUACCUGAGAGAAAAGGGCAUCACACAGUACUUUGACGUCUGGCAUAUUGAUAAGGGGAUGUCUAAGAACAUCGACAAACUUGCCAAGGAAAAGGAUUGUGAGGUGGUAAAAAAGUGGCAACAGAGUAUUAGGAACCAUCUCUACUGGACUGCAUCAUCAUCCAAGACAGGCCCAGAGAAGGUGGCAAAGUGGACAUCUGUCAUCAAUCACAUCCACAACAUACACACACAUGAAGACCCCCUUUUUCCAAAGUGUGAGCACAGUGAUGUCAUAGAUAAGAGGAGGUGGUUGAAGCCAGGAUCAAAGGCUUCCUACAGACUGGAGAAGGUCCUUACAAACAAGAGGUUCAUCAAGGGUGUGGAGAAGCUAAGCCCUCACCACCAAACAUCCUCUCUUGAGGCCUUCCACAGCGUUGUCAUCCGCUUUGCACCAAAGAGUGUGGUGUACCCAUUCAUUGGGAUGCUUUGCAGGUAAUGCACAUUAUGCAAG